GAGUAUGUCAGCCCCGAGAGGCUGCGCUUGGACGGCAGGCGGCCCAAGGAGCUGCGCCAGCUGCGUGCCGAGCUGGGGGUGCUGUCCUCGGCUGACGGCUCCGCGCUCUUCGAGAUGGGCAACACCCGGGUGCUGGCGGCGGUGUUUGGGCCAAAGCCGGUGGAGCAGCGCAGCCAGGAGGACGAGCGGCGGGCGAUCGUCAAGUGCGAGUAUGCCAUGGCUUCCUUCAGCACAGGCGAGCGGCGGCGGCGCGGCAAGGCCGACCGGCGGGCCACCGAGAUCGGCAUGGCCAUUCGUAACACCAUGGAGCAGACCAUCCUCACAGAGUUGCUGCCGCGCUCGCAGAUAGACAUCUACGUGCAGGUGCUGCAGGCGGACGGCGGCACGCGGUGCGCGUGCAUCAACGCGGCGUGCAUGGCGGCGGCGGCGGCGGCCAUCCCCAUGCGCGACCUGGUCGCCUCCUGCGCCGCGGGCUACCUGGAAAGCACGGCGCUGCUGGACCUCAAUUACAUGGAGGACUCGGGGGGCGGGCCCGAUGUGGCGGUCGCCAUACACGCAAACCACGAGGACCGAGUGGUACUGCUGCAGCAGGACAACCGGCUGUCGAUAGAGACGUUUGAGGAGGUGCUGGAGCUGGGGGUGGCGGGGUGCCGCGCCGUGGCGGCCUUCAUGCGGCAGCAGCUGCUGCAGCACACGCGGGCGCUGGCGGCGGCGCGCGACGCG